AAUAGUUUUCUUCAUUUGACCGACCUAAAUUCAACCAAACUCUCAACAGAAUCUUUGCCUGAAUCAUUACCGUACUCUCGAACAUGUUAGAAGAUGGUUAGGUUCAACACGAACAAAACCCGCUUGGCAACAAAGAGCCCCCACAUAAAAGGAAGAGCCACUGAGCAAACCCUUUGACUCUUCUCACUCAAAAAACCACACAAAAAGACCAAAAUGGCCUCACAGUCAUCAUCAUCCUCAUCCAUGUUCUUCUCUUUCACAAUGCCUAUUGCUCUGUCUCUGCUUCUUCUCGCUUCUGUCCCUCCACCAGUUCUAUCCGCAACUCUCCCAUCGGACAUUCAGGCUCUGGAAUCGAUACUACGAAGCAUUGACCCGAGCUCCAUCUCCCCAGCCUCGUACCUUAGCACCUGGGACUUUUCCGAGGACCCUUGCGAAGGCGCUGGCACAUUCUUGGGCAUUAUUUGCUCUUUCCCUCUGGACAACACCACCAGUCGUGUUACAGAGAUCGAGCUUGAUGACGUUGGCUAUGACGGCUUCCUGUCUGUUUCAAUCGGUAAUCUGACAGAGCUCACCGUUCUUAGCCUGAACAAGAACAGGUUCCGUGGUCCGAUACCAGAAUCUGUCUUCACCUUGAGGAAACUUGUCCGGCUCUCUCUCGCUGAAAAUUACUUCACUGGCGAUAUACCUGAAAGAAUCACACAUCUCAUGGAGCUCAAAGUAAUAGACCUGUCCAAGAAUAGCCUCGCUGGUGCUGUUCCUCUCAGGAUCUCGGCGCUAAGAAGUUUGACUCACCUGAGCCUUUCAGGCAACUAUCUGGCCGGCAGAAUACCCGCAUUGAAUGGCUUGUGGAAGCUAGAAGUGUUGGAACUUGGUAACAAUCAUUUCUAUGGAGCCCUGCCUAAGCUUCCCACAAGCCUGAGAGUUCUGUCCAUCAGCCACAACGGCCUUGCGGGCCGUAUCUCGCCAUUGCAUAGGCUCAAGCAGCUGGUGAGAUUAGACGUGAGUGACAACAGGUUCUCGAGCACCAUCGGGCACGAAAUCCUAACAUUUCCUGAAAUCACACUUGUCAAUGUGUCUUAUAACAUGCUCACAUCUCUAGAAGUGAUCAACUUUACGGGCAGACAGUCACGCCUGCGCAUACUCGAUGCUGAAGGGAACCAUCUGCAGGGACGCCUGCCGAUAAACCUGGCCACUUUUGAAAAUCUAAGGGAAAUCAAUCUGAGGAACAAUAUGUUCUCCGGUGGCAUUCCAAAGGUGUAUGGGAAAAAGCUUACGAGUCCAUGGAGAAGCCUAUACUUGGACCAUAACUACCUGACUGGAGAUCUUCCAGAGCAGUUCCAUAAGCUUUCGAGGUUGAUAAAAGGAAGCCUUUCAAAUAACUGCCUGGAAUGCCCAAAGAAUCUUACAAUCUGCCGAGGAGGACAAAAGCCAAAAUCACAAUGCACCAAUGCAAAGAAGAUGACCUUUCACGAUUAGUAGCAUAAAUUACCACAAAAGUAAAGCUUAUGUCCUUGUUUCCGAUCUAAUCGUGGUAGUAUUGUAGUGUAGGCGAAAUCAUAAAAGGUGGAAUAGCGAAAAGGACACAAAAAAGACACACGUAUUAAGAUGCCACUUUCUUCAGUAUAUUCAUGUUGAACCAGCA